AUGGCAGGAGGCGAGGCUUCUACGGGGGCGGGGGCGCGCGCAUGGCAGGAGGCAGAGGUGGACGCGGGCUUCGAGUUCGCCUUCAACAACGAGGCCUUCUCCGACAAGGUGCUCCAGAUAGAGGUCGUCGGCACCAAGGAAGACGCGCUCGGGUCCGGCGCCGACGCCGUCAGCCGCAAGCGCCGCCGCGAGGAAGCCCAAGGUGAUGAUGGGGAAGGUAUUAACUCUUCUCCUACUGUGUUGUGUACACCAAUUUUGCGAGUCAAUACCAUAAAAGUCAAUUCGGCAAUUCUUGCUGCAAAAAGUCCUUUCUUUUUUAAGCUUUUCUCAAAUGGCAUGAAGGAGUCUGAUCAGAUACAUGCAACACUUAGAAUUGCUGAUUCAGAGGAAAAUGCCUUCAUGGAGCUUUUACACUUCAUGUACAGUGAAAAGUUGACACCAACAACUGAUCCCACUCUUCUGCUUGAUAUCUUGAUGGCUUCUGAUAAAUUUGAAGUCAUUUCUUGCAUGAAGCUUUGCGGUCAGCGGCUCAUAGACCUGCCUAUGACAACAGAAUCUGCAGUGUUGUGCCUAGAGCUCCCUAGUUCCAUUUCAGUGCCAGCUGCCUUGACAGAAGCAGCAAAGAAAUUCCUUGCUGAAAGGUACAAGGAAUUCCUUUCAACAAAGUUCCAAGAUGAACUGAUGAGGAUCCCUCUAGCUGGGAUUGUAGCUGUCUUAUCGAGAAAUCGCCUCAAGAUUGCAUCUGAAGAAGCCGUCUACGAUUUUGUGCUCAGGUGGGCCGAUUCGCAGUACCCAAAUCCAGAAGAAAGACGCAGGAUCUUGAGUUCAUGUUUACUUCCACUAGCGCCACUAGUGCGUAGUAAGAUUAAUGACGUUCCAAUAAAUCAGCCGUCUUGCAUAGUUGACUUCACUCUAAAGCGUGAACAGUGCUCCGGCCUCUCCCCAUCAGGAUUGAUACGCUCGCCUCCAUUCUAUUGUGCGGGCCAUGGUUUCUUCCUGUCGGCGCACCGUAGUAUGGAGCCGGUCAACGUUUUUGGUCUUGUAAUACGGAAGCUAGAAGACAAGGGUCUAGUGAGGGGGACAAUGGAUUAUAAGUUUGAGAUCAAAAGAAGAUCAACGCUGGAGUUUGUCACCAUAUACAUGCACACCGCCAACACCGAUAGUAUGGAAAAUGUUGGAUUUACGGUUGAUUGGUCGCAGUUCAACAGAUCAUGCUUCAUCAACGACAGCCUCCAUCUGCGAGUUCACAUGAAGAUAAAGCCGCAACCAUAG